AUGAUUAGCGUCUUCUUUCUAGCCUCCAUUGUUCUCUCUUCUAUACAAUUCAUUCACUCUGCUACAAAACACCACACUUCUAUGUCUACCUGCCCAGAAAGUUUCAGUUGUCCAAAUUUAGCACAAUUCAAAUACCCAUUUUAUAAUGACUCUAACACUCAAUGCGGGUUGAUCCAGGUCAAAUGUACUUCGAAGGGUGGGGAAAUUGAAAUUGGAAGAGACUCAUAUCAGAUUUUUGGCAAGUACGUGUCUGAUGAACCUUUGGUCUUGAUCCGUAACAUAACGUUUGAAAGACUUGUGAAUCAUAGCAGUUGUGGGGCACUUAUGGAUAACUUCACAUCUCCAAGUCCUCUUUUGUAUUCCAUUUCAAUCGCACCCUUCAUCACUCUCUACAAAUGCAGAAACCAUCCCAAUCAUGACACAGAAAUAAAUGGUUAUUUUAACCAAUCUAAUUACCACAAAAGCAAAUGUGAAGAUCACGAUUUCUACUAUAACUAUUCCAUCAGUGAUACAAAAGUUCCAAGUCAUCUGCCACCUACAUGUCAAGUCGUACGGCUGCCCGUGAAUAUGCAAAAGCUUGAUGACCGUAAAGUAGUCAAUGAAACCAACAUCUUUUAUAUUCUCAGUUCUGUAUUCUCUAUUAACUUUACAACUUCCUGCGAUAAGUGUCACCAGGAAGGGGGCCAAUGUCUCACUCACGAUGGACAGUUCCAGUGUUUAUACGCCAAGAAGGUUCCCGCUGGAUCUGCCUUCAUCAUCAUCAUCUUUUUUGUCAUGUUUCUAAUCUGGCGUCGGUAUAAGAGAAACCCUUUUUCCUAUUCCUCUUCAAAGAAAAAAUCACUAAACGUUGAAGAUGGGAAUCUUUUCUACGGCGUCUCUGUUUUCUCUGGCACAGAGCUUGAAGAUGCCACUCAAAAUUUCAACCCUUCUAAGGAGCUAGGGAAUGGAGGUUUUGGAGCUGUUUACUAUGGUAAACUCCAAGAUGGGAGAGAAGUUGCUGUGAAGAGAUUUUAUGAGCACAACUACAAACGAGUCCAACAAUUUGUGAAUGAGGUUAGAAUCCUCACCAGAUUACGCCACCCCAACCUUGUGGUGCUCUAUGGUUGCACUUCUAGACAAAGCCAUGAACUUCUCCUUGUGUACGAGUACAUCUCCAAUGGCACUGUUUCUGAUCACCUCCAUGGGAAACUAGCAAAUCAAAGCUUGCUGACAUGGCCGUUAAGAAUGAACAUCGCCAUUGAAGCUGCCAGAGCUCUAGUGUACCUUCAUGCCUCUGAAAUCAUACACCGAGAUGUCAAGACCAGUAACAUUCUCCUUGAUCAGAAUUUCAGUGCCAAAGUAGCAGAUUUUGGGCUCUCGAGGCUCUUACCGAAUGAUGUCACUCAUGUGUCUACAGCUCCUCAGGGAACACCAGGAUAUUUGGAUCCCCAAUAUCACAAUCGUUACCAAUUAACAGAUAAGAGUGAUGUUUACAGCUUUGGAGUGGUCUUGAUUGAACUAAUAUCAUCGAUGAGGGCAGUCGACUUAAAUAGGUCUGAUGACGAGAUUAGUUUGGCUAAUCUGGCUUUGAACAAGAUCCAAAGAUGUGCGUUAGAUCAAUUGAUCGAUCCUGAUCUAGGAGCCGAUUCAGAUGCCGAAACCAUGAGGAUGAUGACAUCAGUGGCAGAGUUGGCUUUUCAGUGUUUACAGUAUUAUUCAGAAAUGAGGCCUACAAUGAAUGAGGUGCUUGAUGUGUUGGAGGAUAUUCAAUCCCCAGGGAGAAUUGAUGCUGAUGAAAGUAUCAGCGACAUGGAAAAAGCAAAGCCGCCACCUCCUUCUGAAGCCAGUGAUAAGACGGUUUUGUUGAAAGAUUUCCUGCGUUCGCCAGUCUCCAUCACUAGUGAAUGA